AUGAUGGAGGAGGUAGAUUUGUGGUUCAUCAGAAAUAGAAUCAUUGCUUUGGAUAUGGUAUUCCUCGUGCUGCUCGGCUCCAUGGAAGGCGGUGGCUCACUCGAGACGACGACAUCCGGAUCCAGCCAUCCAGGUAGUCCAAACGGCCUCCUCGAUGCCGUCCCCAAUCUCUACACCCAGCAGCGCCUUGCUUUGCUUUCCCUCCCCGGCGCGAUCAAUGCCACCCACUCGGCUAACCUGCUCCGGCUCGUACCCCUCCCCUCCCCUCUCACAUGGUCACCUGCCACAACUGUUGGUCGGUGCCGUCCACGCCCCCGCCGUCACGCCACUCCCCGCGUCCACUGUUGCAGUGUUGCCCGCUCGUCGUCACUCCCGGCACCACCGCUGCUUUAUUCCUCCCCUGCCCUGCCCUGCCUGCUCCCUCUCUGCUGCGCUGCGCCCGUCUCCGCCCUUUUCCCUUUGCCAGUGGCCCAGUGCCAUACUGCCGUUUGACCUCGACCUCCCGCAGUCGUGCUCGUGCCCUCCAUUCCCUUUCCUCGCCAUUAACCUGACACGCACUGAGGGGCAGCUGCAGCUGCAGUCGAGCACGACGACGGCGGCCUCGACAGUAGGAGCCGGCCGUCCACGCUUAACUCGCCUGCCCCCGCGAAUAAGUCAUUCCCUGCUCUGCUCCACACAAAAGCUCCCGUUUUGCAGGCCCAUGCCCGUCAUUACGCUCCGAUUCAUUGCACCCUUUUCCUUCUUGAGCUUGCACAUCCCUGCUGUUCCCUCUCGUGGAGGAGGCGCGACAGCGUUGCCGUUCUCGUGCUGCCUCCGUCUCUCACUCUCUCGUCCUCCUCCACUCCCCUGCCCCUGCUUAGCUGUAAGCCUGUAACCUUUUGAGGCUUGGAGGCACCUGCGUGUCCGUUCCUGCUUACCCUCCCACGCCCAGUCGCCCAUCAACCCCUCACCGGCUGCCGAAAAGCUCCAAUCUUGGAUUUUGUUUGUUGUCAUCCGUUUGGCCCGUCUUGCGGUCACAUCGCCUGCUGCUGUGCUGCGUGCGUCGAAAAAAUGAGAGAAAAGUUUGGGAUCAGUUCCCUCCAGUCCCGUCCUCUCAUGUGCCUGCGUCAGUGAGUGAACAAGACUGCACUUUGGCCGGAGAUUUUGGAGGCACCUGCCCAGUAGUUUCUCAAAAGUUUCUGUCUUUGGACUUGGAGCUCGAGUUUCCCAGGCGCGCGCCCCGAACAGCCUGAACUGAAGAAAAUUCAGCAAGAAUGGAGGGCCGAUGCCGGCGGCCGCGGAGCCCGGAGCGGCAGAGGCCGGCGGCGCGGAAGGUGCCAGUGGUGUACUACCUCACGCGGAGCCGCCAUCUCGAGCACCCGCACUUCGUCGAGGUGCCGAUGGCCUCGCCGGAGGGGCUCUACCUCAGAGACGUGAUUAACCACCUCAACAUGGUGCGCGGCAAGGGCAUGGCUGCGAUGUACUCGUGGUCCUGCAAGAGGAGCUACAAGAAUGGAUUCGUGUGGCACGACCUUGUUGAGGAUGACCUCGUCCUCCCGGCCACCGAUGGUGAGUACGUGCUCAAGGGCUCCGAGCUCGUGGACGAAUCCUCUUCAGUUCAAUUUUACCAUGGCAGUAAUGGCAACCAAAAGCAACAGAGCAGGCUGAAAGAGGGUACAAGGCUACCAUUGCCAAGAGAAGCUUCCUAUCCAUUCUCUCCUCCUAGUGUGAUAGUUACAGAAGCCAAAUUGUCUGUGCCUCCGCAAGAUGAGGACGACAACCCCUCGCCGUGCAGGGAUCGCUCUUUGGGGAUCAUGUCGCCGGAGUUGGAGCCCCAAAGGCCUCAAUUGCCAGCAAGUGGGUCUGCGAGCCCAGCAGAGUUCAGUGUUUACAAGCCCACCGGUUGCAUGGAUGCUGCAACUCAAACUGAUGAUCUUGGCAGAAGAUCGGUUCGGAGAGCACCCGAGAUGCGCAAGAAGAGUUUGAGCACCGAUCAUGAUGCUGUAGUUCGUGAAAUUACCGAGUACCGGCGAAGCCAUCCUCGUCGGUCAGCAGAACUCCAAGGGAUCUCCAGGGAACUCUUGUCACAAUGUCCUACUCCAUUGAGCAUACCUUCAACCCGUGGCAAGUCCGAGAGUUUAGAAUCCUUGAUACGAGCGGAUAAUGCGACGAACAGCUUUAGGAUUCUUGAAGAGGAUGAUACUGUUGUGCCCACCUGCCCGAAGCUGAGGCCAACAAAUGUACUGAUGCAACUCAUCACUUGUGGCUCACUUUCAGUGAAAGAUCAUGAAAAUAUUGGAAUUGUUCAGGCAUACGAGCCAAGGUUCCCAAACCUGAAGUUCCCGUCUCCGUUAAUUUCCCGCACCAGGAUGAUGGGUGAGCUUGAUUACUUGUCAGAAAAUCCCAGGUUAAUGGGUGUGAGGUUGGAAGAAAAGGAAUACUUCAGUGGGAGCCUUGUUGAGACAAAGGUGCAAAGAGAUGUUCCAGCUGAGAGGUAUUCAGCGCUUAAACGAUCUUCUUCCUACAAUGCAGAAAGGAGUGGCGAGACACUAAAUUGCUCAAGACCUGACGAAGAUACAAUCGACACCUCGCGUUCGAGGUGCCUCCCUCGGACGCCUAUACUGUCAUCCUUCCUGCACCCAAAGAGCGACACGCUGAAAUCCCCUGUCUCGGCCUGCCGGAGGAGCUCCUCGGCCGGGCAGGACUGCGACCUGGCUUCGGGAGACGGGAGCAGGAGGUUCACCGACGCCUCGGCAGCGUCGGCGAGGGCCGACUCCUUCAGGAAAGAGGAGAAGCUCGUCAAGAUUGAGGAAAGUUAAGUGCUGCUCGUGGCUUCUCUUACAUGAACUGAACUCUUUGUCAGUGCUGGGUAUGCACUCGAUGGUUUUCCUUGGGAACUGUGGAAUCCAGACGGUGAUCAAAUCUUGGUAUUGAGGGCUAUGCUUUGAAUCAAUCGUGCAGGCUGUCGUCCGGAGCUCGCGUUGUGAUUCAGUGCACCGUCCCUUGCAGUGACAGUGACGAAGGUUCUGAACGCUGAGAGUGACAAUUCAAGGUGCCUGCUGCUGCUAGAGAAUUUAUCCUUCACAAAUUAGCGACGAAAGGAAGCACGUUUCUUCAUUUUUUUCCUCCUUAGAGUUGUAAGUUACAUUUCUUGAAGGCUGCAAUUAGCUAGGUGAUUCGUUUUUUUUUUAUUUUCUUCCUUAGAAAUUCUACGUCUCCUCGUCAGUUUGUAAGUGGCUGUUAUAAUGCAUCGCUUACGGUUU